AUGGCAAGCUUUCAUCACCCGCACCUGGACGUCAGGAGACUUCUGCAGAAACUGUUGGUCAUGUUUUCGCUUGGCAUCGUAUGCGUCUCGCUGUUUUACUUUCUGGCUGGCUGCUGUGAGUCUUUUGUAGUGGAAGACGGUGAGAUGGGGCAUUCUAGUCAACUAACAUUUACAGGAUGGCAGCACGAAAAGAAUGGAUCACUUGACAAGAACUUUAGAACUGUUCCUAGUUUGGGCGCCGGGUCCCCUAGUGUUGAAGAACCGAGUGCACCGGGUUUGGAAACGAACGGUUUAGGAAAAGACUGGACAGCGGCACGGAGACUACCUCAAGCUCUCAUCAUAGGUGUUAAAAAAGGUGGAACACGGGCUCUCUUAGAGUUUCUUAGACUUCACCCAGAUAUCCGAGCCUUGGGGUCAGAGCCUCAUUUCUUCGAUAGACAUUACGCACGCGGACUAAACUGGUACAGGAGCAUAAUGCCUAAGGCAUUGGAUGGGCAAAUUGUUAUGGAAAAGACUCCCAGGUACUUUGUCACAGCUGAGACACCAGCCCGUAUCCACGCCAUGUCCAGAGAAGUCAAGCUAAUUGUGGUGGUGCGAGAUCCCAUCACCAGGGCCAUCUCGGACUACACUCAAAUCAUAUCCAAAACUCCGGACAUCCCUAGCUUCGAGAAUCUGACCUUUAAGAACAGGACUACCGGGCAGAUCAACUCUCUCUGGAGUCCCAUCUGGAUAGGAAUGUAUGCCCAGCACCUGGAGAGAUGGCUGGCCUACUUCCCGCUGUCCCAGAUCCACUUUGUCCAUGGGGAGAGACUGAUCAGCGACCCGGCCGGAGAGCUGGGCCGAGUGCAGGACUUCCUGGGUCUGCAGAGGAUCAUAACAGACAAACACUUCUACUUCAAUAAGACCAAGGGCUUCCCCUGCCUGAAGAAGCCGGAGGGCAGCAGCAAGCCACAUUGUCUGGGAAAGACCAAAGGCAGGACACACCCCAAAAUCGACCCAGAGGUCAUUCAGAGACUGAGGGACUUUUACCAGCCCCACAACCGAAAGUUCUACCAAAUGGCUGGGCAGGAUUUUGGCUGGCAGUGA